UGUCAAUGGAUGACUUUAGACAUCAUAAGCAGAGGUCAAAACUUGGAGGCGAUGCAAGUCAAAAUAUUAAUGAAGGCGAUGCAAGUCAAAAUUUUAAUGAAGACUUUGAGCUCUUGGGCUUUGGCGAUGAAGAUACUGGGGAGAGAUUGAGCGACAUAUCUGAUGGUGUUCUUUCAAUGGGAACAGAAACCGAUGGUUCAAUGUCCAGUUCUGCUGUGGAGUUUACUCUUUUUCCUGAAGUUACAAAACCAACAGAACGCACAACUACUGAAACUCCAGAAGCCAAGAAAACUCAAGCUCAGAAUGCUCUAGGCGAGAAGACACCAUCCCAUCCGACUGUAAGGUUUGCACCAACAUCUAAACUUCCAAAGCCAACACCUAAGUUGGUCGAUACAAAAGCCACUCGUUCAUCAUUGGUUAGAAGCUCGUCAAAGGUUUUGCCGAGUCCUAGGAAAGCUACUGCUGGAAGCAGCACCUCGUCGGUGAAGUCUGGCAAACGAUGGCAAUAAGCAAUUUUGAAAGCGAUAGAGUCUGUUACAUAAUUGGCAUUGUUGUUAGAAACUCACUGUAUUGUACUGUGUAUUCA